UAUCAAAGGGGAACAGUUAAAUUUGUAAUUUAGGUUGUGUGAAACUCUUUGGGCCUCAUAAACAACCACAGAACCACAAGUUGGGUGCAGACCAGUCACACAACAGUGGGUCCGGGAUAUUGGUCAGCACACAGCAACUCAUUCUGAUUUAAACCACAGAGUGCCAAGCAUUUCGUACAGUGGUGGGAGACCUGUGCAACCAGUUAGGACGGCUCCACGGGACACCAUGGCUUCGAACAGCAUAUUCGAGUCAUUUCCUUCAUAUCAACAGUGCUUCAUGAGAGAUACCAACACCAGCCGCCGGUUCACGCCGCCUUCCACCACGCUGAGCACGGGGAAGAUGAGCGACUCUCUCCCGCUGGCACCGCAGGAGAGCGCCCUGAGCAAACUCCGAGCCGCCGAUCGCAGCAUGGUCGACGUUUUAGCCGAUCAUCCCGGAGAGCUGGUCCGGACGGACAGUCCAAACUUCCUCUGCUCCGUCCUCCCUACUCACUGGAGGUGCAACAAAACCCUCCCCAUCGCAUUUAAGGUGGUCGCCCUGGGGGAUGUCCCUGACGGGACCCUGGUCACGGUCCUGGCCGGGAACGACGAGAACUACUCGGCCGAGCUGCGCAACGCCACGGCGGUCAUGAAAAACCAGGUGGCCCGCUUCAACGACCUGCGAUUCGUCGGACGGAGUGGCCGAGGGAAAAGCUUUACGUUGACCAUCACAGUGUUUACAAACCCGCCUCAGGUAGCCACUUACCACAGAGCCAUCAAGAUCACAGUGGACGGACCUAGGGAACCUAGGAUAAGACCGAAUGUUUUCCUGUGUCCUGCAGGACAUAGACAGAAGUUGGAAGAGCAGAGUAAAAAUGCCAGCCUGGCCUUCUCAGAACGGCUCAGUGAAUUAGAGCAACUUCGUCGCUCGGCCAUGAGGCUCAGCCCUCAUCACCCCACUACCGCUCCCAACCCGCGGCCCUCACUGAAUCCCACAGCCGCCUUUAACCCUCAGGCACAGAGCCAAAUUCAAGAUACCAGGCACGUACAGCCUUCUCCGCCAUGGACCUACGACCAAUCAUACCCCUACCUUGGGCAGAUCUCUACGCCCUCUGUUCAUCCUGCAACACCCAUCUCUCCCGGGCGAGCAAGUGGGAUGCCAACAAUCACAGCGGAAAUUUCCAGCAGACUUUCAGGUGCCUCUGAUCUAACAGCAUUUGGUGACCCAAGAAUGGGCAUUGACCGCCAAUUCUCAGCCCUUCCUUCUCUCUCUGAUGGUCGCUUUGCAGAUCCUCGAAUGCACUACCCAGGACCUUUUGCCUACACACCCACUCCCGUCACCACUGGCAUAGGAAUUGGCAUGUCUGCCAUGACAACUGCAGCACGCUACCACACGUACCUGCCUCCCCCUUACCCAGGCUCUGCCCAAGGUCAAACUGGACCCUUCCAAACCAGCUCUUCUCCUUACCAUCUAUACUAUGGCACUUCAGCUGGGUCCUACCAGUUUUCUAUGAUGACGGGGGGAGACCGGUCGCCACCCCGGAUUCUACCACCCUGCACUAAUGCAUCAACAGGAUCCAGCCUCCUCAACCCAAAUCUCCCCAAUCAAAGCGAUGUCGUGGACGCAGACGGGAGCCAUAGCAACUCCCCAACAAAUAUGAGCACCACAGGAAGGCUGGAGGAAGCGGUGUGGCGGCCAUAUUGACUAUGAAAGCAUCUUUAACUCAAUCAGAAAGCCUAGAAAUCCCUUCAUCAAUGGCAAAGCAAGUGCAAGAUUCCCAUUAGACUUGGAAACAUUGGGGGCACUGCGAAAGCCUUGAUCGGGAUCAUUGAGUGUGAAAGGAAAAUAUUGUGCUCAUUUGGUUAUCCUUUGCCAAAUUUGUAUAGUCAAACAAAGUUUUUGUCGUCCUUGAAGGGUCAUUGGCAUUGUUUUGCAUCUAGUGGCACAAAAUCUUUUUGUCUCGCACCUUACCUUGUAUGAAGCAAAACAGUUUUUUUUUGCCUGAUUUGUAUUUUCCAUCUUGCUAUUGGCACUGAGAAAAUAAAUUAAUGUUGUUGCCUACAGAUCGAAAGGAAAUCCCCAGCUUACCUUUUUCUUUGACAUCGGUUUCCUUUCUCUUAAUGUUACAGCUCCAGUUUUCCAUCGAAUUGACUACUGUGCAGCCAGUAAUGCAAGCAGGGCAGAUAUUUUUCUUUUUAAUUGAAUUGCCUUUUUGAAAAAAAAAUAGCCAAAAAGACAAUGAACACUUUUGUUAACAGAAUGGGGUAGUUUUCAAUUACAGCAAAUAUAUGCAGCAAAGCUUGACCUUAUUUUGUGCUUCAUAUCAACACCCGUGUUAGCUACUUAACUUUUCUACUGGCACAUUACAUCCAGGCAGACAGUGAUUGCUUGAAGAGCACCAGGAACAUUAGCAUUUAAAAUGUAUUUUUAUAUGCUUUCCAAUUGGCUUUUUCCAAAAAAAAUUAAAAGAUGGCUGCCUCCCAUUGGGGUGGGGAGUGGUGGGGUGGUGGGGGCACUGUGGAAAGAUAAGACAAGCACCAGGCUUCACCGUCCUUAACAAAGUAUUGGUUUUUGGAGAGGGCAGAGGGUGUUUGAUGCAGGGCGAGGUGCACAAAUUCCUUUCCAUCCUUGAGACAAACUGAUGUACUCCUGUAUUGUAGAAUACAACAAAAAUUGCUUGCCAAUAUUACCUCUUUUCUGAAAGCGGCUAUUCCGUGCCAGUUCGUAGAGAACAAGUUAUCACAGUGACAUCUAUAGAGGACUUGAGAGCCAUACACUUGGCAGACUCGUUUACCAGUUUGGGUGAAGUUAACAGUACAGACUUGUAAAGUGCAUUGAUGCAAAAUGAAGAGGCAUUGACAUCUUCUAGCUCUCAUUUCAGUUGGUUUCUUCCUUCUUCCAGAGCCGGAUAGUGUGUCCCCCAAGGAGACACCUCAAGCUUUGGUUGUUUGAGAGUUAGUGGCUGUUAAUGGUGCUAGUAGAAAGUAGCCUUUCCAGAUGUUUGCCAAUUGGCACUCACACCCCAGUGGACCUGUUAAGCUUUGCAAACAUAUAUUUGAAAGAAGCGAGAUGGUCAGUCAACACUGCAAUAUCAAAUGGCUCCAGACAUGUCAGACACCAGAGGAAGACAGGCACAGGGGCAGUAGAUCUCAGAUCCAUCUGCAUUCUGCUCUGGUUACUGGACCCAACUGCCAACAAGUCAUGGCUUAAUAGUAAUUGGUUGAAUGUUAUUUAAUUUACAUUGUGAGUGUAUUACUUCAUUUGCUGGUCAACACAAAAGAUCAUGGGAAAGCAGGACUUUAAAUCAGUGUUUCAAAGACUGGAACAUGAUUAAAAUGAGGAAGGUCUCGGGCUGCAGGCGGCAAAACAGCUGGGAUUUGUUAUUUAAAGCUUUGGUUUCCAAGAGUUCCUUAUUGAUUCUUUAAAACAAUAUAUAAGGUGCACUUAUGUCUAUUUGCUACCUUACAAUAUUAAGAUAUGCCAACUGUCUUAAAUGUGUAUGCAGUGUGUUGACGAAAAGACUGGAUAAUUUACAUAAUUCGGAUGAGCAAAAAAAGGUUAUCAGCUCAUUCUUGUAUCUAUAUUUGUAAAUAAGCAAGAGUUUGUUUUCUCAAAAAGAAAUCUUCCAGCUAUCAUUGCUAGUAAUUGUACAGACACCACUGCGCUUCAGACUUUUCUUUCAAAAGAUGUUUUUUUCAAACAACUUCUCAAUUGCAUUCGCAAAAAUCCUGUAGUUUUUGUUGUCGUUUUUCAAACCUAGAUGUUGUAGGUGUAAAGUUACACGCAUUAAGAAAGCACUUCCUGUUCUCUGCAACCCAGCUAUCAGAUACCUUUUCUCCAGCACAGCAGGUAACUUCCGCGGUGAAUGGUAUCCAGAGCGGCUGGACUGCUGCAGGUUUUCUGAUGAACAUAUUGACAUUCAUACUCUUUGUACCAAAGUUUGUUGAACAAUUUCAUAGUUAUAUUGUGGCUGGCUAAUAAAUUAGUUUGUUGGACAA